AUGGACGUUGAUAAGAUCCUUCCAUCUAGCAGCACCUUAGGAUGGCAUAGAGUUGAAGUGAAGGGCGAGGUUCAAACGAGGAAAGGCUUAUGGUGGAUACCUAGGCACCCAGAGACGAGGAAGGGCGUACUAAGCGACGAAAUGCUUCGGGGAGUUGCAAAGAAUCAAAGAUCCGAGGAUUCCCGAAUAGGUCAACCUUUCGAACUGCUGCUGAAUUCACGAGCAGGCAAGAGACAACCUGGCGAACUGAAACAUCUUAGCGAAGCAGUCGAAUGUUGCACCCUAGAUGGUGAAAGUCCAGUAGCCGAAAGCAUCACUAGCUUAUGCUCUGACCCGAGUAGCAUGGGGCACGUGAAAUCCCGUGUGAAUCAGCAAGGACCACCUUGCAAGGCUAAAUACUCCUGGGUGACCGAUAGUGAAGCAGUGGCUUGGUUAAGGGAAACCACCGGAGACGUAGCGAAAGCGAGUCUUCAUAGGGCUAUUGUCACUGCUUAUGGACCCGAACCUGGGUGA